AUGGCUGACGACGCCCGACCUCGUGCAUGCUUGACAUGCAAACGACGAAGAAUCAAAUGCGACCGAGCUAAACCUUCCUGCGCGAGAUGUGUCUUGGCAGUAGAGUAUUGCGAAUGGUCCAAGCCUGUCGCAAAACCCAAGAUCAGGUUUGUGGACUCAAGUCAGGCUGUCGCGGCACGCGCCAAAUCUUCUGAGAAACAGAUCACACCCAAGCCACCAACCACGCCGAAGUAUGCCCUGCAUGAUGACCUGGAGACGCAAGCGAUCGCAUUUUUCGUCCGAAACUAUAUUCUCGACAAAAAACCAAAUGGAGGACCUACUCCUGGAUUAUUCGGCCACGUCAUGCCUGCAGUGUCUUCCUCAAGGACCUCUCCAGCUGGCAUGUCGAUUUCUGCUGUGGCUCUGACAGUGUUCUCGAAAUGGCGUAUGGACCAAAGCUUGACCAAACGUGUUCCCGGAGUCUUAGGUCAGGCUAUAAAGAGUUUGUCUCAGGAUCUUCAGAAGAAAGACUCGAGACAUUCUGAUCUUACUCUACUGACCACAUUAUUAUUACAAUACCACUCUGCCGUCGAGUCUUUGUUAUUUUCCAAGAAAAGUACAAUUGUGCAUCAUCUUGGUGCGCUUGCUUUGGUCAAAGACUUUGGCGAUCCUUCAACUUGGUCAGCCAUCGCUAGCGAGUUUGUUGGCUGCUUAAUCCACCUCGAGGUUACGAAGGCCAUUCGCGAGCAGCGUACAGUACACCCGGAGGUUCGCUACUGGAGAUCAAUUAUCGGAGCGACUACAGUGGAUCCUAUCAGAUAUCUGGACGAUCUAGGCAUUCAAGUCGCUGAUAUGCAGUUCCGAGCAUCUGCGCUGCAAGAACGCAUCGGUCUUGGCUUGUCAUUCGAGGAGGUGUACUCGCUCUUGGAUGACAUGCACAAACUCGACGAAUGCCUUGUUUUGUGGCAAGGAAAUGUAUCUAGGUUCUGGGGCCCGUUCAACUGGACGCCCCCGAGUAUCAUCUUCCCGCCAAUUCAAGCCUUCCAAGGAUCUUGCCAUGUGUACACCUCAAUCAAUGCGGCUAGGAGGUUGAACGACUUGCGCAGUUAUCGCCUGACUCUCGCGACGACAGCUCUUAAGCUGAUUCGCGAACGAGAAAGAAGCUGGCCUGAGUUUUGUGAGUCGAUUCCUGGUCAUAGUAGCGUGCAUGGAAUCAUGAGUCGCAUCCAGUGGCUGGUCGACGGUAUCUGCGCAUCGGUUCCUUUUUGUCUUGGCAACAGAAGUAGAGCUGGAUCUCUCUUGGAUUUCAGCCAGGCGAGCUGGACAUUCCCUACGUGUCACGACAUGUCCGAGAUGUACGGACUCUAUGGACGGCUGGCAGAGCCAAUGGGAGUCGAAUCCCCUUUGGACCAUUACAGUCAUGGUCUCACGCAAGGUUCGUGGCUCAUGUUGAGCAACCUUGCUCUGCUCGUUGCCAUGUUUUUGGGUAGCAAAGCUUUGAUUCCGGCACUCCCAGUCACAGAAGGGCAGUUGCCAUGGAUAUGUCAGCAAUACCUUCGUAAUCUAUCAUUGAACGCGAUCGAGUGGACGCAUGAUAGCUUGCUGGUGGAGAGGGUACUCACGGGCGCGAAUCUGCCUCCCGCAAAUGUACUCAUUUCUGAAGCAAGCAGAUGCGUGCGACGCGUUUCGCGCGGCCUUCAGCUCCGAGAUGAUCCUUGA